CCUUGUGCGUCCCUGAUGUGAGUCACAUGAUAUGUUGAUCACCUGACAAGUCCUGUCUUCCUACUCGGUGAGGCGUUCCUACUAUGAGCUUGCUUCAGGAUCGAUCGUGAAGAAACACUUUCACAUACAUUUUCUUUCUGUAAUUGUAUAUUGAUGAGAAGUUCCUUGCUAAAGUUUGCUGUAGCUCUUCGUUAGUCAAUCGAGGAUAACUACCCAGACUUUAAAGUUGGCUAGCCGUUGAAUUAGCAACUCCGCUUCUUCCGCAAUGCAAACACUUAUUUUCCUAUCGUAACGAAGGAAUUACACAUUCGUCGUAUUUAUAUUUGUCGGACACAUGCUAACAUGGCCUCUAUUCUUGAUGAAUAUGAAGACUCUCAGAACGUUCGUCUCCCUGCUCAUCUGCAUAACCGCUUGUCGGCAACGAACAUUGGGAUAACACACUCGGGAUUUGUGAAUGUACGGCUGGAGGAAGAGAAACCCAUAUUCAACAAACAAAGGAUUGAUUUUUCUCCUCCUGAAAAGAUAAACCAUUUUGCAGUAUGCAGCAACCAGCUUUGCAUGAGUUUGGGAAAAGACACCAUUCUUAGAAUUGAUCUAGGAAAACCAGAUCAGCCGAACCAAGUAGAAUUGGGCCGUAAAGAUGACAGCAAAGUGCACAAACUUUUCCUCGACCCAACAGGUUCUCACCUGGUAAUCAGCCUUACCUCAAGUGAAUGUGUCUAUCUGAAUAGAAACACCCAGAAGAUCCGAAGCCUUUCAAGGUGGAGGGGUCAUCUAAUUGAAAGUGUUGGUUGGAACAAAGUUCUGGGAACUGAGGUGACGACAGGGCCCAUUCUUGUGGGCACCAGCCAAGGCAUUAUCUUUGAAGCUGAGAUCUCUGCCUCAGAGGGUAGCUUAUUCAACACUACCCCAGAUCAGUACUUCAGGCAGGUCCACUCUCUGGAGGAGGAUGGGAAGCCGGCACCUGUCUGUUGUCUUGAGGUUGAACGUGGUAUGGAGUCCAAGUACUUCAUCAUUGCCACGACUCGGAAGCGUCUCUUUCAGUUUGUGGGGAAGGUGGCAGAGGGAUCUGAGGCGCAGGGCUUUAGUUCCAUCUUUGCUCAAAACCAGGAGCUUCUUCCCAGUUUCCAGGAGUUCCCUGUCAACAUGGGCUACAGUGAAAUCACCUUUUAUACCUCCAAACUUCGCACAUGUCCCAAAGCCUUUGCCUGGAUGAUGGGGAAUGGUGUGUUAUAUGGCCAGCUGGACUAUGUCAGACCUGACUCACUCCUUAGUGAUGUCCAAGUUUGGGAGUACACACCGGAUAUUGACUUCAACUUCAACAAGCCUAUAUCCAUUGUGCUCACCCAGUUUCAUUUCCUGCUCCUCCUUCCAGACAGAGUGAAAGCCAUUUGCACCUUAAAUGGACAAGUGGUACACGAGGAUGUAUUUCCUGAUAAAUUUGGCACCUUGAAGAAGAUGAUCAAAGACCCUGUAGGGGGCAUGGUGUGGAUUUAUACAGAGAAGGCUGUGUUUCGGUAUCACAUCCAGAGGGAAGCAAGAGAUGUCUGGCAGAUGUACAUGAACAUGAACAAGUUUGAUUUGGCCAAGGAAUACUGUCGGGAACGUCCCGAGUGCAUGGACAUGGUCCUUGCCAAAGAGGCAGAUCACUGCUUUCAGAAUAAGCGUUACCUGGAGAGCGCUAAAUGCUAUGCUCUAACCCAGAAUUACUUUGAGGAGAUUGCGCUCAAGUUUAUUGAAGCAAAGCAGGAAGAAGCCCUGAAAGAGUUCCUCUUGAAAAAACUGAACAAUCUGAAGCCAAGUGAGAAGACUCAGAUUACCUUGCUUGCUACCUGGCUGACAGAGCUUUACCUCAAUCGACUUGGCCUUCUCGAGUCUGAUGACCGCAAGAAUACUCUCCUCCAACACACUCGUGAUGAGUUCAGGCGCUUCCUCAGCAGCAGCAAACACAAAGAAUGUUUCUACAACAACCGAGACACUAUCUAUGAUCUGCUGGCCAGUCAUGGCAAUGUAGAUGACAUGGUGUACUUUUCAGUCAUCAUGCAAGACUACGAGAGAGUGAUCUCACACCACUGUCAACAUGAUGACUACAGUGCAGCUUUGGAAGUUCUAUCGAAACAUUGUGAUGAGAAGCUAUUCUACAAGUUCUCUCCUGUCUUAAUGCAGCACAUACCCAAGAAGGUGGUGGAUGCCUGGAUCCAAAUGGGAAACAGACUUGAUCCCAAGAAGCUCAUUCCAGCUCUGGUGAACUACAGUCAGAUGGGGAGUACUCAGCAGAUCAAUGAGACCAUUCGUUACAUGGAAUUCUGUGUAUAUCAGCUUGAAGUAAAAGAAGAAGCCAUCCACAAUUAUUUACUGUCUCUAUAUGCAAAAUAUAAGCCUGACUCACUCUUAUGGUACCUAGAGCAGGCUGGCACACAAGCUUCAGAAAUCAACUAUGAUUUGAAAUAUGCUCUACGGUUGUGUGCCGAACAUGGAUAUCUACAGGCAUGCGUCCUUGUCUACAAGAUUAUGGAGCUGUACGAAGAGGCUGUGGAUUUAGCAUUGCAGGUGGAUGUGGACCUGGCCAAGUCCUGUGCAGACCUUCCAGAGGAUGAUGAAGAGUUGAGGAAGAAGCUGUGGCUGAAAAUUGCUCGGCAUGUUGUGCAGGAAGAGAAGGAUGUCAAGAAGGCUAUGAACUGCCUCUCCAGCUGUGACCUUUUGAAGAUUGAGGACAUCUUGCCAUUCUUUCCAGAUUUUGUUACCAUUGACCACUUUAAAGAGGCCAUAUGCAAUUCGUUGGAGGAGUAUAAUCAGCACAUCGAAGGGCUGAAACAGGAGAUGGAGGAGGCUACAGAGAGCGCUAAGCGUAUACGAGAGGACAUCCUGGAGAUGAGGAACAAGUAUGGUGUGGUCGAGUCCCAGGAGAAAUGUGCGACUUGUGACUUUCCUCUGCUCAACCGUCCCUUCUAUCUUUUUCUGUGUGGCCAUAUGUACCACUAUGACUGCCUCUUUCAGGAGGUUAGUACGCACCUCUACACACACGAGCAGACCAAGCUAGAGGAGCUACAGAAGAAGCUUGCAGGUGUUACCUUAACAACAAAGUCUCGCCAUCGGCCAAAGGAAGAUGAUACAGUCAGUUUGGGAAUGAACCAUGUGAGCCGUGAACAGAUCAAGUCUGAUAUUGAUGAUAUCAUUGCAUCUGAGUGUGUGUACUGUGGUGAGCGGAUGAUCAAGGCUAUUGAUAAGCCGUUUAUUGAUCCUGAGAAGUUUGAAGAGGAGAAGUCAACCUGGUUAUGAGAAUGCACCCUCCAUCUCUAGAUCUGUCAUAUGUAAAGAUCUUACACAGCUAAUUAAUGACUUGUUAAAGAAUGCUUUUGAAUGUUGCUUCAUGAUUUUUCUGCAGCUUGUUUAUUUGGAAAUGUAUUCUCAAAUCAAUCACAUUUGAAAAGGUAAUUAGUUGGAAGGAACCGAUAUUUAGUUUUGAAUGCCAUGUUGAAGUUUUCCAAGAAAUGAUUUAACGAGAAUUUUCAGUUGUUGUAAAGCAAAUUCCAAUGCUUGUUUUUUGUUUAGUUAUUGGAAUGAUUUUGUCAUGUGACUUAUGUAAUAUUCAUGUACAAUAUAUACUACUUAAUUAUCAUGCCCUUCAUACUGGCAUUAUAUUUAAUAUUUGAAAUGUGAUGCAAAACAGAUGAAAAUAAUGAUUUAUGUGCACAAUAGUAUAUAGCUCCAUACAGGGAUUGCUUUUCUGUUCAUACGUAUCUCGCUAAUAUUCAUUAAAAAUUAUCACAGUA